UUCUGAAACGCUCCUCAACUUAGACCAUUUCCUUACCUUACGUGAGGAGCCCUUCAUGCCUCCUUACCUCAAGGAGCUCCUUCAGGGCUACAGUGUAUUCUAAAAGCUUCCUUCAACGUUCCUUUGGAAAGGGCCUCCUCAGUGAGGUAACGUGCGUAUUUCACGAGUCUUGGUUCGAGGGUAGAUGUGAAAUAUUAAAUAAACGUUCGCUUUCAAGCUAGAAUCAAGCAUAUGUGUAAUAUUUUGUUAUGCACACCGAUAAAUGUUGACGUGCGCACUGCUAUUUUGCUAGGCAGGUGCACAUAUUGUUCUGCUUUAUUUAACUUUCUGCUUUUGCGGCAGGCAAAAAUGUUGGUCUAGCAACAUUGGCGACAACCUUCUGACCAUUUCUGACCACGCUAACCACUCUUCUCACUGCUUCUGACCACGCUUCUGACCAACGCGUCAUUGUUCUGACAAGUUUUGAUAGCCGCGUACGCCAGAAACAUGCCCGGGAAGCUGUUUUACUGCGACGACGAAAAGGACCUCGUAACAGAGCUUGUACGAAAGUACAAGUGUUCAAUCGAGAGCAAGAAAUCCGAUACCGUGUCGCUGACGAGAAAGUUGAAGGCAUGGGAAGCUUUGACUGCCGAGUUCAAUAGCGCUGAAAAUGUGCGGCCGCGCACUGUCGCCCAACUACGGAAGCUAUGGGACAACAUGAAGCAGCGAUGGAAAAAAGAAAAAGCAAAGCAAAUAAGGGAUGCCAUGGCUACAGGAGGUGGGCCGCCGCCGGAACCGAUGGAUGAUCGGCUGUUGCAGAUCGAGGCUGCAGUUCCCCAUCUAUCGGAACGGGUCAACAACCCCUACGAUAGCGACCGACCACCAUCAACGCAACCGGGCGAUCGCGUGGCCGAUAUAAUCGCCAGAAUGACCCAGAGCAACGCGGAGGACAGUGAAGACGAUCGUACCCUGGAAUUAAGCAGCACUGACUAUGCGUACAUGGAUUCUGCAAAUGCAAGAUCACCGUUACCAGCAGACCCUACUGAGGGCUCAUCUGAGCCUGUGCAAGCCACACAGCAAGCCUCUCAGCCGACUCAGUGCACUGCAACCCAGUCAGCGUCGUCGCAAGAAACAGUGCUUUGUCUUCAGGCAGCCAAACCGCCUCUUCCAAACUCCAAAUGCUCUCUCUAUUGA